AUGGCUAAGCGGUUUCGCGGCCCGGAGCUAAGCGACCAGGACGACCAGGCCCGCCAGGACGACGGCAGCGCGUUCACUUACACCCACCCGCCCACUGACGAGCUCCCGAUCCACAAGCACCGGCUGCAGAUCCUCUACGCGCUCGAGCGCCACCAGGUCCUGAUCCUCACGGGCGAACCAGGCUCGGGCAAAUCCACGCAGCUCCCGCAAUACCUGUGCCGCGCCGGGUACACGCAGAACGGGCAGCAGAUCGCCAUCACACAGCCGACCGCUCGCUCCGCAGCGCAGCUCUCUGCGCGCCUCGGCUCGGCAACCCGCGCGGCGCCAGGCCCCACGCGGAUAAGGUGCCUGGCAGACCAGCGGCUCGUCGGCGAGUUCAUGCAGGACCCGCUGCUGAGCCAAUACUCCGCAGUGAUCAUCGACAAGGCUGAGCAGCGCACGCUGUGGACGGACCUGGCGCUGGCGCUGCUCAAGAAGAUCCUGCGGCGGCGCCCCGACCUCCGCAUCAUAGUGGCCCUGGCGUCGCCGGACAUCGGGCGGCUGCGCGCGUUCUUCCCGGGCGCCCUGGCGCUCUCGAUCUCCGAGCGGCCGCACGCGCUGGACAUCCACUACCUGCGCACGCCCUGCGAGGACUACGCGGCCGCGGCAGUUGCCACCGCGCUGCGCAUCCACGCGGCAGAGCCGCCGGGCGACAUCCUGGUGUUCCUCCCGUGCGCCGCGGCCAUCGAUGCCGCGCAGGCCCUGCUGCUCGCGGCAGACCACGCGCGGCUCGAGGGAGACGGCCGCCCGCGGCUCGGGGGAGGCGGCCGCCCGCGGCUCGUCGCCACGCCGCUGUACGCCGACCCCCCGGCCACCGCGCAGCACCCAGCGCUGGGCGCCGCGCCCGCAGGCACGCGCAGGGCGGUGCUUGCCACCGGCCUCGCCGCCACCUCGGCGACGGUUCCAGGGAUCACCCACGUGAUUGACACCGGGCUGCACACCGUGCGCGUCUUCGACCCGCGCACGGGCGCCGACCGGCUGUGCACGCGGCCGAUCUCGCAGGCCUGCGCACGGCUGCGCGCCAGCCGCGCCGGCCGCUCGCAGCCGGGCAAGGUGUACCGCCUGUACACGGCCGCGGCGCACGGGCGGCUGCUGCGGCCGCAGGAGGAGGGCGCCGAGGUCCGCCGCGUGCCGCUGGCGCCGCUGGCGCUGGCGCUGCUGGCGCUGGGCGUGCGCGACCUUGCGCGCUUUGACUUCCUGCACGCGCCGCCGCCCGAGCUGCUGGCGCAGGCGCUCGGCGAGCUGGCCAGCCUCGGCGCGGUCUCGGCGCGCUGCGGCGCGGCGCUGACGCCGCUGGGCCGGCAGAUGGCGGAGCUGCCGCUCGAGCCCAGCCUCGCCGCCUGUGUGCUGAGCGGCGCCCGCGCCGGGUGCGCCCGGGAGGCCGCGGCGGCGGUCGCCGUGCUGGGCGCCGGCGCAUUGUUUGCGUCGCGGCACGGGGCCCCCGCCGCGGCUGCGUUUGCCGUGCGCGAGGGCGACGCGCUGACGGGCGCCAACGCCCUGCUGGCGUUCCGCGCAACGCCGCGCGCCCGGCGGCUGCGCUGGUGCCGCGCGCGCGCACUGAACAUGGCCACGCUGGACCGCGCCGACCACGCCGCCGCGCAGCUCACCGCCAAGCUGCAGCGCAUGGGCUACAGCAUGGCGCCCUCGCCCGCGUGCGCCGGCGGCCAGCCCGAGGCGCUGCAGAAGUGCAUGGCCGCCGGCCUGUUUGCCAACGCCGCGCGGCUCUGCCCGCAGGACAACCUGUACCGGCUGCUGCGCUCCGGCGACCCGGUGCACGUGCACCCGCAGUCUGUGUAUUUUGCGCAAAGCGCCCGGCCCGAGUUUGUUGUUUUUGCGCACGCGCUGCCGACCGCCGCCGCCAAGACGUACAUUCGCGGGCUCACUGCCGUUGACAGCGCAUGGCUGGCCGCACAGGCGCACUUUUACGAAGCGCACUAG